AUGCCUCCUUACGACGAGCGCUCCUCGACCGUAAGCUACGAGAGUGGCGGAGGGCGCUGGGAUUCCGAACGGUUCGCCCGCGAGCGUGAUGAGCGCAUGUAUCGUGGUCCGGCGCCUGCUGCGGUCAGGGAACGCUCGCGACCACGCCCUCCGCCAUUCGACGACUUCGACCCUCGCCGCGACGAUGAGCGUUUCGAACGACGCUUUGUUGAAGAGGACCGGUACGGCCCACCCUCUCGUCGCAGAGAGCGCUUUGUCGAAGAAGAUGACUUUUAUGCUUCCCGUGGCUCAGGUCCCCUCAUCCGUCGCCGUGACGAAACGCCCCCUCGUCCGCCUCGGUUGAUUAGGCGUCAGUCUUCCCUUGACACCUUUGACAGACAGCCUGCCCGCAGAAUAGAACGGGCUCCUCCCAUUGUCGGUGUCCGCCAGUCUCAUCACAGACGGCCGUCAUCGCCGGGCCGACGAGACGUCUACGAGGAAAUCGAUAUUGCAGAGCCCGAGUACUACGGAGACGAAGAAUUUCGUCAUUUCCGAGAACGCGAGAUGCGUCGUCCGGUCAGAGAGGAAAUCGUGGAGGAGAGAAUUAUUAAAGAGGAUAAACCAUAUCCCCGCAAAGGCAAGACAAAGAUGCCCAGGCGUCUGGUGGACACACGUGCUAUCCAACAGCUUGGAUACCCGUAUAGUGAAGAGGACAAAGUUAUCAUCAUUCAGCGGGCCCUUUCUAAGGAGCUCAUUGACGAAGUCGUCAAUCUGAGCAAGGAUUUCAAACGUCGAUCAGAAACCGUUACCUAUCGGACGUAUGAAUCUCCAUCGCCCUCUCCCAGACGCGAACGCGAAUUUGUCGAACGUGUCGUUGUUGCCUCUCCUCCGAGACACGCUGAGGCGUACGUCUUGGAAAGGUCACCGUCUAGUCACCGACAGCGGAGUCCUUCCCGGGUGCGUGUCGGUCGUUUCCUGGAAGCACCAGAGAUCAUAGAAACGCGGCCACGGUCGGUAUCAGCCACUUUCCGCCGUCCGGUGUCACCCAGGCUCUUUGAAAGCCGUCGGGAAUCUAGUGAAGUCCGAACUGGUCCCGUCGUCCUCAUCGGACGGCCUCAGUACACUGGUAAUGAUGUCCGCGAGGAAAUUCGCGCAUUAGAGGAGGAACAGAAGAUCCUCCAGAUAGAGCGUCGGCCGGAGCAUGUAGGCUCUGUAGACAUCAUCAACGACAAGAUUGUGCAGCGGAGUGACGGCGAGACGGACGAGUAUAUCGAAAUCAAGAAAGACCGGAAAGCUCCCGACUCCCGGCUCCUACGUGCCAUGAUGAAAACUCUAACGUGAACUCAUGAUCGAGCAAUUGUUUUAGAUGGAAUAUGAUGAUCGAGUUAUGAAGUUCGGCGUUGUUUGCGAGGAUUUUUGCUGAUUGUACCAUAAUAAUGGCCUACAUGAUGGAGGAAAGGAAUCAAGGGAUAUAAUUAUAUCAUCUGGCAUUGAUAGGCGCGGUGGAUCUCGGGCUUUACUCUUGUUUUUCUCCUUGCCAACUGUCGAUGACUUCAGAGGUGCCUGCAUAAUAAUGCCCCGCAUUUCUAAAGCCACUGAACAUUAGUUCACCAUUGGCGAUAUCUAUUUCUAAUGAUAAUUGUAUUAGGCUAUAGGCCUAGACUUGCAUAAUUCUCGACUGUAGAAUCGAAUAUUGGAC